ACACUACACACAUCUUUCUGCCACCCAUCACGUGCUUCCCUCUGCCCCCUCUUCACCUCUGCUCUUUCUGCACCCUCUCUUCUCUUACCAACUGCAAAUCUUAUCCAUUGUUUUGGUCGUUACUCCAUUCUUAUCAAUCUAGUAGUUUUGUUCGUUGGUUGACAAACAUCUUCACCUACCUAUAUUUAAUAUAUACCUUUCCUGUUCCUUUUGUUUAGUACUCUCACACUAGACAUGGAGAACAACAAAAAGAAAGUUGGAGGGGCUUCUGCUUCUGCUUCUGCUUCUUCCUCAUCCCCCACCAACUUUGAUCAUCUUUUUGGUCCCAAAGACCCCUCCACCACUUCUUCUUCAUCCACCAGCAUCUUUGGCUCCAUUUUCCCACCUCCAUCCACUGUUGGAAGGAGAGAUUCAACAAAACAGGACAUGAUGGGAUGCAAAAAUUAUGGAGCACCAGGCAAUUACAGAAACAAAGGUGAAAGCAGUGGUGUUUCCAACAAGAAUACUAGUACCAAUUAUCAGAAUGAGACAGUGGAGCCCAGCUACUACAGUUCAUCAAUCUAUUAUGGUGGUCAAGAAAAUUAUUCCCCAAGAACCAGGACCACUGAAUCCCACCAUAUUUUCGAGAAAGAUAAGAACGAUGAUGAUGAUUCAAAUGGUAAUGACUCAAACAGUGCUUCAAGAGGGAACUGGUGGCAAGGUUCUCUUUAUUAUUAACAUCAGCAAUAGUAUGCAAACUCUUCACCCUGAAGACCAGGAUGAUGAUCCCCAACGUACGUAGAGUACGCAGUAACAGUACUCUACUCUACUCUAAUUUACUGUGUGGAAAUAAAGACAUGGUAGCGGAUACUAUGAAUCUACUCUCUAGUACUCUUUUGCAUGUGUUGAGUCCUUUUUGUUACAGCUCGCACAUAAGUUAAUUGCAUAACAAGUCAAUCCUCAACGUAGCUUGAAACCAUGAUUACUCCUUCUUGUAUUUUAUAGUUCAUAGUUUACACAAAAGGUUUCACGUGGGUAACUGACCUUUAGACUUUAUUAGUGUUUUAUAAUUGUGUGAUCUUGUUACAUGUAAUUUAUGAUUUCUGGUUCCUAUCCACUGUAGUACUAUGGUAUAUGUAACUAUGUAGCUUUCUGUCAUUUAUAAUACCACAUUGUCAUUACUCACUUGACUGUGCCGAAAACAUUUUGUUUUGCGAGAAUAAUGUCAUUACUCACUAUCAGAC